AUGUAUCCAACGUGUGCGCGCACGUCCUUCUCAUUACUCCUGCUCAGCAGUGCCGCUCUCGCAGUAGCAUCAGCCGCGGUUCUUGCCCCUGCGGAACCCAGGAGCUCAAUCUCGGACGGCAUUCUCCAGCGACAGGACUCGACGCCACGGACACCACCGCCGCCGCUACUGGACGCCACCCCGACCGCCCUUCACACAACCGUCUCCCUCCCCACCACCGUCCCCAUACCCGGCACGGACAUCUCCCUCCGCAUCGCGCACGUUGGCGAAAGCUGGUUCGCGGCCUGGCUCGUCGAAGCGCUCUGUUCGGGCGCGCACGCCGCGAUCCGGGACGAGCGUCGCCUGGCGUCCGGACGAGGCCGUCGCGCCGCUGCCGUGAUUCCACAGCUUGUACAGCCAGCGGUGGCGGGACACGAUUGCGGGGACCGUGGCCGCGGGGGUGUUGUGGUAUUCGCAGAGUCCGCCUCCUGGGGCGGUGGGGAGGAGAGACCGAAGUUGGGAGGAGCGAUGAGAUCGGCGUGGACGCUAGCGUUCGUGGGAUCGGAGGUUGUGGGUUGUUGCAGAGGGGGACUCACUGCCGCGGCGCCAUCGAUGAGCGAGCGCGAUGGAUGGACGACAAGCGUUGGAGGCCCGCUGGACCCGAGCAAAGUUCAAAAGACAUUCAGCAUGCCCCUAGCUUUCAGGACAGCUCUAGCAAGUAUCCACCUCGUGAUACAAAGCCUAACCCUCCUCAUCUCUACGACCGCAACUCCGAUUGCGAACACCACAACCCCUAUUCACACCCUCCCCAGCAACAACAUCGGCACCCAAUGCACCGAAGCGCGCACAUGGGUCGCAAACGGGUUCUACCGUAGAGACUGUCUCGCCAUCACCAACUACAUCUACAACAACGAAGUCCGCCCGCGCGAAAGCGAGCGGUUCGAAUUCACGUCCCUGAGCGCUACGACCACGAGGACGGAUUUGCCCAAGAAAAUGACGCCGAGGAUGUACGAGUAUGGGACCUGCGUGGUCACGAUAGCCAUGAUGGAUCGAUUCCAACCCAGGGAACUGCCCGGGUCGGAUUUCAGGGAAAGGUAUGAGGAGACGGAUGUGGCGACGUUUGAUGCGAUGUGGCAUGCGGCGAUGAAGGUUGAUUUUGAGUGUGUGCGGCAUGGGAAGGCGGGAUGGGUUGCUGCGGGGGACCAGGGAAGCAUUGGAAUUCUCAUCAUGACGAGUGGCUCGGCGGAGGACAGGACUAUCCCGGACGGCCCACCCACUGUUGCAGGAGCGAUUUUGGCGCCUUCGGGCUUCAUUACUUUGCCUAAUAGUACCCAAGGUUGA